GAUGUCCGGCUUCCGAAAAACUGUAAUUCUCUCUCAGGGCCUGUGUGCGGGUGUGUCGUUGGUGCACAGGCGCAGCUCGCCUUCUCACCUCGACAAAGAUGCGAUAGCCAUUCCGGGAGCGAAGAACGUGCCACGGCCGACAUGUCUUCAGUGGACGAAAAGCAAGAACCACAAGCUCGGAGACGCAAUGCUAGCGCUGCGCCGCCGAGGGACACGAACAAGGAUGCGCUUGCGUCCUACCUCGUCUUUGGCUUAUUCGGCAUCAUCGUAUUCGCCAGUGCCGUUCGCGACGGUCACAUCACCCCUCAGUCCGCGUCCAAUCUCGCCUUGGUUCUCCUAGUACCCGUCUUGGCCAUCUUGUGGGUGCUGACUGCGGUGAUUGCUCCUCUCUUUGUGGCCUGGCUCGCCGACAGCCAGAGUGCCUCGUCGCCCAUGAACGACGGCUUCGACUACACUGCCACUCUGCGCCGUAUCACAAAGCAGAUUACGCCAAAGAGAGUGCGAGAUGUCGAUCCCACUUUUGAGCCCAUCCACCCUCAGUCGUCGGCAGUCUCUACCUCGGCAGACGACAUCGUGCGGCUGAUUCUACGUGACUUUGUCGAGAGCUGGCACACGCCCUUGCUCCAAGGAGGCCGCUCCAGCUUCAUCACUAUCGUGGAAAAGACGAUACGCGAGUCGGUCGGUGUUCUGGCCUCCAGACUCUCGCAGGUCGAUGUCGCUUCGAUGGGUGUGCAAAAGCUCCUUCCGAAGCUCACUGCGCAUAUGACGAGCUUCUACGAGGCCGAGGCAAAGUUGCACGAGGGUGUUCGAGAGUACGUCGAGGAUGACGAUGGCGACGUCUUCUUGGCCGGUCUCUACGACGGCGGCCGGCUACAUCCUGCCGUGGGGAGCACGGCGAGUCCGGACACAAGAGUGACGGAGAUCGAUCACCUCCGAAAGCUCUCAACGAGGAUCCUCAAGGGCGUCAUGCCGCCAUCUGAGCAGGGCAGCAGGCCAGUCUUCAUCAUUGUGCGCGAAAUACUGGCCUGCUCCAUUCUCAAGGGGGUCAUCGACAGCCUCUGCGACCCCGACACGCUCAACAGCCUCAUUGACGAAAAGGUCGGUGCCGCUCUGCAGGAGCAGAGGCUCGUCAACAGGCUUCGAGAGGCCCUGGACAAGGAGGCAGGUACCGUAUCAGUCACCCCUCCCUCGGCAUCGACGACAACAACACCCCACAGCUUUUUCCGAGGACCAUUGAAAAGAAACGUGAGCAGCGGUGGGAAGGGGAGUCAGUCGUUCGACAAUUUCCUGGAGCAAGUCUCGAGCUACUCUUCCAUCCUCGAGGCAAGGAGGACGAGGAAUGAUCUGAUGCAGCAGAUUCGCAAAACAAAAGCCGAUCUGCUCCAGAGGCAAGAGGAGAGCGACGAGAUGCGCCGAGUUGCCUCACAGGCUUACCUGAGCCGGCUCGAGAUUGCCCUCGAAGCCCUUGACCGGAGGCUCGAUCAGCUCAGCGCGAAAGAAGACCAGCAGCCGGGCAAGUCUUCGUCGCCGCAACCAUCGGUGGUCGCGCCAAAGGAUGUGAGCCUUCAGGUCGUCCUCACUAGCCCGUCUGCCAUCUCGCAUUUUCUCGAGUUUGCCGAGGCCAGGCGUCGGUCGAUCCUGGUCCAGUUCUGGCUUUCGGUCAACAGCUUCAAGAAUCCCCUCGAAGAUGUCGAAAGCGGGACGGAAGACGAAGAAGAAGCUGCAACGUCAUUUAAGGACGUCAAAACGCUUCGUGAAGACGUGCAGCUAUUCACAGAUCAGUACUACUCAUCGCAGCUUAUUGCUCAAUGCGUCAAAUCAGCCUACAUCGAUGUCGCCAUGGCGUUUGUACAGACAACGGCAGACAUGCCGAGGGCAACACAAGCUCAGAUUAGAAAAGUGCGCCAGAGCGUCGUUCGUGCACAGCGUCAGGUCUACGUCGAGAUGCUCGAGGAAGAUUGGCCGUUGUUCCAAAAGACUCCAGGCUGGUACAAGGCGAUUGAUGACAUCAACAGGAGCGCUACGCAGAUGACCGCUGUCACAGCGGGGCCCAAGGUAGAAGCCGAAGACGGCAGCGAGGACGAUGGCAACGAAGCACCGAGGCCAUUGACGAGCACUCGUCCAUCUAAAGGUGGAAUACCCGGCGGAAGAGCGGUUUCCGAUCCUCCAAUGGCAAGAAGGCGAUCGGACCAUGCCGAUCUGUUCGGAGACGAGCCUCGAUCUCCUCAGGUACACUCCUCUUCCUCUCGAUUCGAGACAACGUCUAGCUCUCUCUUCGGCUCUGAGGAUGAACGUGGGCAAGCCAGCUCCACCAGGUCUACAGCCUAUUCGAACGACAUUGAGCAAUUGAUGGGCGGAAAGGGCGGCAGCACCUUUGACGGCCUCGCUUCGAGGACGCCCCUCUUCAGAGAGGCUCUCUUUGAAGAAGAGGAUGAGGCUGGCGGUGAGGAAAGUGGCGGCGAUGGAGACGAUCUUCUGGAGGCCAGAGACGGCUUCGUGCGCGUUGACAAGAUGGACGCCAUAGAGUCGGCCCUGGCCAACAUCCUCCACGAAGACGUCGCCGCUGCGAACAGCAUAAGACCGCGACCCAAAGCACAGCGCAGCGCUUCCACAGCAAGAGAGCUUAGACCAGCCUUCCGAAGAGCUUCUCCGAGUGGCAACCAGGGUCAGACGCGUCAAGCCAUCUUCGAUGACGACGACGAGAACGAGCGCAGCACCGAGCAGCUUCAGCAACAACAACGAACAGCACCUCAGCAGCAACCAAAAGCUCUCCACCACCUGACUUCGGCAGACCUUUCAGCUCGCCUGGGGCGCGUGGAAGCUCGCAUUCAACAUCUUCGAGGCCAAGAAAGCGUCCUGGGUGCCCUGGUGCGCAAAGCAGAGCUGACAGGAUCGAGCGAAAAGGAGAUGCGGCUGCUCCGAAAGAGUCAAGAGUCCGUCGCUCGCGAGCUGAGAGAGCUGGAGUUUGAGCAAGGCAGCAUCCUCGACCAGCAGAUUGAGGCAGACGACGUCAAGCUCGAUCCGGCCUCGACGCGAGUCACGAUCCAACAGGCCACCACAAAGCUCGAUGCCGAGGGGAAAGAAUAUGCCCUGUACCUCAUCGAGGUGACCAAUCUGACCUCGGGUAGCAACCAAAUGCAGAAUGGCUGGGUCGUGGCCAGACGGUACAACGACUUCUUCCUCCUGCACACCAAGCUCAAGGAGGGCUACCACGAAGCACGCACUCUGGAACCUCUGUUCCCGGGCAAGAGACUCGUUGGGCUGGUCCACUCGCACUUUGUCGAAGCGAGACGCAUGGCUCUCGAAAAGUACCUCGCCGCACUCGUGCGAUCUUCCAAGGCCAUCUGUCAAUCGGGCGAGCUCAAGGCAUUUCUGAGACAGUCGAAUGCAACCAUCACGGCAGAGGUGCUCAACGUAGCCUCUUCUCAUUACGCUCCGCAGCUGCUCUCACCAACCGCGGCUGCCGCACCAUUGCCAGCCAUCGGUGCGAGAAGCCCAGGUCUCGUUUCGAGUCUCUUUAGAAGCGUCACAGGUGUGGCCGAAGGCUUCGACGAUUUUCUCUUUGGGCCGAGCAUGCUCGACAUAGUGCUAAACCGCCUCUCGACAUCCAAUCUGGGCGACCUUGUCAGUUUGCCCGACUUUGAGCGUUUGGCAGCUGUCACAACACAGCAGCCACCACUGUCGUCGAUCUCGACACACUUGUCUUCCGCUAUGGCUCCCUCUCAAGUUGCAGCGGCGGCCGAGCUCAAAGAUGUCGCUUCAUCGAAUCGUCCGCACAAGGUUCCGCCGUUUACAGCCCCUAUAUGCGAUGCUCUGAUCGAGCUAUUCGAGCUGAAACGCGAAGACAAUUGGCUCAGGAGACUAGCCCUCGUCAUGGUGCUGCAGCAAGCGCUCGGAGGGACAAUCGAAAGAAAGGUACGCCACGUCGUCUCGUCAAGCCUCUCACCCUCUUCCAUCCUCGCGUACCUCGCAGCGUUCCGAGACACACUUUGGCCCGAUGGCAAGCUCAGGCAGCAGCAAGGCCAGCGGCAAAGAAGCUCUGGCGAAAGGCAAAGGCUGCGAGAGAGCGCCCACCGGAAGCUGUCGACCCUCUUGCCAGAUCUAGCGGCCCACUUUGUCGGGCGUGACAAUGCAAGGCGGGCCGCGAGGCGCGGAUGGGCCUUGUUGCAAAACAAGCGGCUGAACAAGCACAUUGUAUAUACCCUCAUUGAUCUCGUCGUCGAGGAUCUCUUUCCGGAUGAUGAUGAUUGAGCUCCGAUAUACCCUUUCCAUGCUACAAUACACCCAC